AAUGGCCCUGAAGUUCUUUCCUCGUGAUUCCACAAAUCUCUUUUCCUUUUUACGAGAGUAUAACCUCUCCCUCUCCUUCUGCACCCACCCGUCCCUGACCAAGGCACUGGGCAUUGCCUUCUCCACCCCCUCACAUUACGUUUUCGCCCAGCAAGCUAGCCUCUUCGGUGAUCUAUACGAAGUCAUUGUCCCUGAGGUGGGUUUGGAGGAGAACUGUGUCCAGAGGGUGGUGUCCCAGCUGAGCAGUGCCCUAACCCACCUCCACUCCCUUGGUUUCGUCCACCGCGACGUCAAGCCAGAGAACAUCUUCCUGGUCGACGCUGCCUGCCGUUGGGUCAAACUGGGUGACUUCGGCAUGGCCAAGGCCACGGGAACCAAGGUACCCGGUGUGUGGUACAGUUCUGCUUACUGUACACCCGAGGCAGAGAUAGCGAAGGUGUCGGAGGAUAGUAGCCAUAAUACUGCUUCAAAACCUGAUGGAGGAAAUGGGUUGGACAACAAGAUCAAGAGGGUGUGGGUGUCGGUGGAGGCCAGUACAGACUGCUGGGCCUUGGGGAUCCUCAUCUACGCCAUGCUGACUGGCAGUCUACCCUGGACGGAGACCGCAUCCGACGACCGCUCGUACAUCAAGUACAAAGAGUGGUUUGACCAGGAGAAAGAUCAAGAUGUUCAGGAUGAUGAUCUAGACCUAUGGGGGGAAGGAAAAGACGAGGACAUCAUGAUGAGUUUGGAUGAAGACAAGCAGAAUCUGAACAAGAAAAAAUCCCAUCCGGUCGCCCCCCAGUUUGCCUAUUUCACCCCACUGGCCUGCUCCCUUUUCCAGGCACUUCUCCACCCGCAGCCUGGGCUUCGUGGUAGGCCUGACGAUGUACUGGGCUACCUCGGAGGAGACUGGUUGCGGAAGGAGGAGAAGAUACGGUUGGAGGAGGAGAGGAAGAAAAUGAGAGGGAGAGAGGUAAUCAGAAACGAGAAAGAGAGGGAGGGAAGGGGAGAGAGAUAA